CUUAUAUUAUCCAUAUACGUAGGUCUGCGUAUGCUCUGACGUAUUGGAAAGUAAAUAGUUGUGUUAUAAAUUCCUUGUUUUUCAGAUGACUACUAUUGGAGUAUAUAAUUAAAUCAGAUCUAAUUCUGUUGUUUUGUAGGUGAUUCACAUUAUGGCGGGACCAGCAUUCAAAGGCACGUUAACAUUGACCACAUCACAACUGAAACAGAAAUUCCUUUGUUGUUCUGGAUGUAGCAAUGAAUACGAUGACAUAGAAAAUUUCGCCCGUUUGUUACCAUGCCUGCAUUCUAUGUGUAACCAAUGCGUGCACAAUUUGGCAAAAGAUGGUGUUUUACCAUGCCCAGAAUGCGAUCAGAAACACGAAUUUAAAGGAGACGUUUCUUCUUUCCCACGAGAUAAUACAAGACAGGAUCUUAUGGAUUUUGUCAGGGUCAAAUUGGCACCUGGAGCGAUUAUCUGUCAGUCAUGCGGAGACACCAAGCAAGCAAGCUUUCGAUGCAAGAAUUGUUCGGAGUUCUUGUGCGAAGAGUGUCAUGUUGCCCACAAAAGGACUAAUGUCACAAGGGGUCAUGAACUAUUGGAACUUCAGUCUUUGCAGAAAAAGGAGAAUUUAGAUGCUUUCUGUCAUCAACAAAAGUGUCCAGAUCACGACCGGGAGCUAGAGCUUUAUUGCAAUAAAGAUGAUUGCCAGAAACCAAUUUGCUUCAUUUGUGCCCUGCUAACUCAUAAACAAGAGUUAGGGCAUGAUAUUAAAGAAAUCCUUAAAAUAUCGAUAGAGAAAAAAGAUGGCAUGCGGAAACGCAUUGAUGAUGUUAACAUGACGGGGAGAGAAAUCAAGCAAAUAAUAGAAAGUAUUGGUCGUGAAGUUCAAAGUGUAAGAGCCCUUGGAAAAGAGGUCGCGACAGAGAUCAACAAUAAUUUCGACCACUACAUUCAGACCCUGGAGAAACGUCGAGAUGAGUUGAAGAGAGACGUUGAUAAAUAUGUACAAAUCAAAGCUGGAACAUUGGAGAACCAACUCAGAAAUUUGAAACAACAACAAAAGCACAUCAACGAAGCGGCUGAAUUUGCAGAUCAGACACUGUUGUAUAACAAUCCUCCUGCAUUCCUACAGAUUGAAGGUACAGUUGUUGACAGACUCGACAAGCUUCACAAUGAGUGGUUUGACAAGGAACCGCACGAGGUAGCAACCAUCGGAUUCAACUGUAAAGGACUUUCACAAGAAAUUCAGAACAAAGUGUCAACCAUGGCAAAGGUAUGGUCAUCUAAUGCCUACCAACCAAACACUAAAAUCACGCCAAAACAGAAUGAUGCUGUACAAGACGAGACUGUAACGUUCCUUGUUGUGUUGUGUAAUUAUGUUGGCAAACCAUUGACAGAAGACGUAGGACAUUUGAAAGCAACCUUAACAGACCCAAAUGGUGCAACAGUUGACGUCCGUGUAAUCCAGAAUGGCUCUGAAGAAUUCCGAGUGACUUUUGUACCGUUCUACGCCGGUUCUUACAAGCUAGAUGUGUCAAUCCUAGAUAAGCCUCUUGGAGAGCAUGAGUUCCAAGUACAACCACGUGACAAACCUCAAGGGUCCAAUAUUGAUGCAAGUCAGUUAGACGGAGCGACAAGACCAGACUUUACACUGGAACGAAAGAAAGCCCAUAGAGAUGUAACAGUUACCCCAGAUGGUAAAACGUUUGUCAACAGUCCCUCUGGAACUUUGAUGGAGUCAACAAAAGACAGACUCCACAAGUUUAAGGGUACAUAUGGAAAUACACUAUUUACCAGUCCCGGUAAAUUCUACUACGAAGUUAACAUAAGAUAUAAAAUUCGAAGUCAACUGGAGAAAAGCAACCUCGUUUUCGAACUUGGAUUGGCCCGGAGAAAUGAAAUGGAUAAAAAGCAUGUUGUCGAUGGACAACCGCAUGCCUGGUCAAUGAUAUGUUCCCAACAUGUUGAUUGUGAUGCCAUCUGUCUCCAUAUUGCUCGUGGCGGAAAGUGUCUAUUUCAUGAGACAUUAUCGAAAAAUGCUAUUGGUUGUACCAUGGAUAAAACCUUUGGAUUCCUUCUUGAUGCUACCAGCGGAGUAUGGAGGAUCUUUGAUGCAAGCAAAAAUAAAUCGAUAUGCCAGAUGGACGAUGUUGAUUGUUCUGAACCUCUUGUUCCUGUUGUGUCCGGAUAUAAUCCUAACCAAGUCGAGGUCACCAUGACAUUGUGCACAGGAGAUGAGGAAUAAACAUUGCAUGGUUGUACUAAACGUAUUUCGUACAUUUUAUAGAUGUCAAGGUUCUUUGUUUUUGAAAUUUCUUCAAUAAUAUUCAAGGUAUUCACUUCAUAUUUUGUUUAUAAUUAGAGAUUAUAUAACUUAUAUAGACCUCAAUUUUCAUAAGAUUAUUUUUGAUUUUUUUUUAAUUUCUAUAAAUUGGUUUUAAUGUUGUGUGUGUAAUUUUGUUGGAAGGAUGUCUUUUUUACAGAAAAGAGACGUUGUAAUAUACUGAAUACUGAUACUUCUGGCCAAAUUUUAUAAAUUAGGGAAAAAAAAGAAAAUAAAUACGCAUUAUUGCUAUUUACUUUUUCAAAUAAGUUGAGGUAAAAGAACUGGAAAUUGCAUUUAUAACUUUAAUUAGUUUUCUCAAAACGACAGCCCAAAAUCAGCAGCAAAAGAAAUAAAAUGCAAAAAAUAAGGUUAAACAUUUUGCAUUAAACAUUGACAUGGAGAAAUUCAUAUGAUAAUUGACAAGAAAUAAUCCAGGUAAAUUUCUCCUAAAUUAAUAAUUAUCAGUUAAAAUAGAAAUGAAGCUUCUUUUAUUUAAUGAAGAAUUGCUUAAUCUUACAAAUGACCACAGUUAAUAUUUAGAUACAAAUCACAACAAACACCAUAAUAUAUAUAUAUAUUGGUUCAAAAGAUGUUUUGUCUUUGUUAGUCUUGUAUGUUUUUUUAAUUUUAGUUCAUUUAUAUGUUUUGGAGUUUAGUGUGACGUCCAUUUUCAUUGAACUAGUACACAUUUUUGUUUAGGGGCCAGCUGAAGCCCGACUCCGGGUGCGGGAUUUUCUCGCUGUGUUGAAGACCCAUUGGUGGCCUUCGGCUGUUUUCUGCUCUUUGGUCGGGUUGUUGUCUCUUUGACACAUUCCCCAUUUCCAUUCUCAAUUUUAUUUGUGAUUAGGCUGCUGCUGGUAGCUUUUUUUACCAAAAAUUAAAAUGUGAAAUAGCCAUUCGUAGCUAGUGUAUUAAUUAUAGCAUGGUGUUACUUGACAGGUUCUUAUGUGGCAUGUCAUUGGCGUCAUAAUUAAGACUUCAACUCAUACUCCUGUUAGCUUGUAAAACAAUAAAAACUAAUGUUUUGUUCGUCACCCAUUCGAGGUAAUUUAAACUUAUUUACUUACGUAGAUUCAAAUUCAAGUUUUAAUUCUUGUGUAAAAAAGGGAUACGAUUUUAUCAUUUACCAUUUUACCCAUAUGUUUACCAUUAAAGUGUAAAUAUCCUGUUAUAUUCACUAUACAGCGUUGUGUAAUAGGUAUUCGUUAUCUGCAAUGUUUUGCUAUAUUUCAUAUGAUAACAUAUCUUUUAAAAAAUACUUUGAUGGUUGGAUUUUAAGAAAAACCAUGUGAUAAAAGACGUUGAAAUAUAUUUAUCUAUUUUGUUAAUAACAUUAACGGUACCAAUUUUAAUGCACCAGAAAAUCAAUAAUCUAAUUUAGUUUACAGUUACAUUUAGUUCCUGCUGCAAAUGUGAACAUAACAAUUGUUUACAAUUUAAUUUGAUUUAAAUAUAUAACAAAUUUCCGGACAAAAAAUAGUACUUCAAUAUCAUCAGAAAAUGUAAACAUUUCCCAAUAGAAAUAUAACCAAAUUCAAAAAAAAUCUUCUGCUAUUAGUGCCAACUUGAAGAUAAGAUUUCAAACAAAAAUGACUCCAAAACAUUUCUUUUUUUGUAAAAAAAACUUAGUUCAAUAUGAAUAUAGCAAAAUCUUGUAAACACAAAUACUUAGUGCAGAACGCUGUAGCUUUUGUUAGAUUUUUGUAUAAAUCAUUACUUUUUCUUUAUGUUUUUAUGUGAUGAAAAUUGGUUGUAUUAAAAAAUAAAUGUAGCAUUAAUCACUCAACAAACUUAUUGCUGAUUUCUUAUGCUUAUUUAGAGUAGUAUAUAAAAGAAUUUCCCAUUAAUUAUAACAUGAAAUUAUGUUUAUGGUAUUGUGCAGUUGAUUUUCUGUUUUAAUUUCAAAAAUUGUAUUUUACUGUUGAAUAAGGUAUAAAAUGUAUAAUCAUUUUUAUUAAACUUUAAUCUCUGUGGACUUGUAAUAUUCUCUAUUCGAUGUAUAUCAUCUAUUCAUUAAAUAUAAAUGUAAACUGUAGGUUUAUUAUUACAUGGGUUCUUGUUUAGUAUAUUGAAGGCAGUAUCAUUAUCUUUA